GCGGAGAGAUGAUGUUCAGCACGGCGGUUCAUCUAUGGUUGCGGGACAAAGCCGCUAGUCGGUUAGCGCCAAGCAGCCCACUUCGCCCGCUGAACGUCGAUAUGCACAAGAGUCACCCAAAUUUCGAGACGCCGCCCGCCACAUAUAAGCCGACACACCACCCCGCCUCCACACACGCAUCACAAACAUGAGGCCCAUUCUUCUCUCCGGUCACGAGCGUGCGCUCACGCAAGUCAAGUACAACGCAGAUGGAGAUAUCAUUUUCUCCGUAUCCAAGGACCACGUCGUUUGCGCCUGGUACUCACACAACGGCGAGCGAAUCGGAACAUACCACGGACAUCAGGGAGCGCUAUGGACGGUCGACGUAAACCCAUCCUCUGAGCUACUGGCUACCGGUGGAGCAGACAACACCAUGAGGUUAUGGCAUGUUCAGACAGGCAAGCUACUCCACACCUGGGAAUUCAACACCAGUAUCAAGCGCUGCGAGUUCUCGCCAGACGGCAGACAGCUACUUGGUGUCACCGAGAAGCGAUCAGGACAUCUGUCCACCAUCUGCGUCUACCCCAUCAACCCCGACCCAGAGGCGCAACAGUCAGAUGAGCAGCUGCUCAGGAUCGUAUGCGACGAGUCCAAGGCGACAGUCGCUGGCUUUUCAUACCUUGCGAAAUACAUCAUCAGCGGACAUGAGGACGGUUCGAUAACUCAGUGGGAUGGCAAGACUGGAGAGCUACUCAGCUCCAACUACGACGUUCAUGAGCCAGACAUGCAAAUCACCGACAUCCAAUGGGCUCCCGACCGAACCUACUUCAUAACCGCCAGCAAGGACAAGACCGCGAAGCUCGUCGACGUCGAAGAGCUCAAUGUCCUCAAAUCAUACGUCGCCGACACACCCCUCAACUCUGCCGCGAUCACACCCGUAAAGGACUACGUUAUUCUUGGUGGAGGACAAGCAGCCAUGGAUGUCACUACAACCUCGGCCCGUCAAGGAAAAUUCGAAGCUCGUUUCUACCACAAAAUUUUCAUGGAGGAGAUUGGUCGUGUGCGCGGUCACUUCGGUCCCCUCAACUACGUCGCCGUGCACCCGCAAGGAACCAGCUACUGCAGCGGAGGAGAGGACGGUUACGUGCGUGUGCACCACUUCGACAAGCCAUACUUUGACUUCAUGUACGAGGUUGAGCGGGAGGUCGCGCAGUCGCAGUCGAACUUGUAAUAGUAUGACCUCACGAAGAAUGGUUGAUAUGGUUCGAUAUGGCUGCAUGCAUGCAAUGGCGUUCCGGCGGUCGGGUUGGGUGCUUGUCAAGAUUAGACGAGCCUUUGUCAAAAGUUCAUGAGCGAUCAGGACACAUAUAGACACUUUAUCUAAGCGUCCGAGCACAUGUACCUCAUCAAUGAAAGCUUGAAGCAAUAUUUCU